AUGGCCCUCUUACUUGCAGAGAUGUUACGGCGAUUCUCCGUUUCCACUCCGCGGCGAGGGGACGAUGACUUUGACGACUUUGACGACAAUGAUACUUUUUCCGAUUCUUCUGAAAAGAAAGGUCUCAGCUCAAUGGUCCGCAAAAAGUCGUCCGAGGAAGAGGAUCGCAUUCUGAAGCUCAAGCGAGCCGAAGAAGCACGAGUGGAGAAGGAACGACAAGAAAAUUUUCAAAGAAAAUCAGACUCAAUCCAGAAGCGAUUACAAGAAAUAGAAGAGGUCACCAAAAGUGAUGACCUACAGGGAGAGUUAAAACGCAUGAUCACAUUGGUUGCAAACCGAAAAGAACAAGCACGAAAAGAGAGAGAAGAACGAGAACGGCACCAUGCUCACGAAGAGUUCAUGCAUCAAUAUCAUGCCGUGAUGUCAAAAGCCAAAGCUUUGAACGACGUUGACAUGGUCCUCUUCGAUGAGCUUUAUCAUAUUAAAUACCCCAAGGCCACAAUUAUUAAAUCCCAGUUACCGACACUUGUGCGAACGCUCAAAGAUUUGAGAAUCCAGUACCGAAAUUGCAGAUUGGCCCUUCAAAUAUGUAAUCUUCAAAGUGGAAGAGCAUUUAUUGAGGGGGAGCUAGCCGAUUCGAAUGACCUACUUAACUUGAUAACUCAAGAUCUGAACCAUUCUUUUGUUAAGGCCCAAGCCUCUGGAAGGAAAAAUAUAAACCUUGUGCUCCAACCCAAGUUUGCAUAUCUCCGUGCAUACAUAGAAUCACAAGAGAGUGCCCACGAAAUCCAGGAAACUUCUAGAUAUAUCUAUGUGUUACUCAAAGAGCUAGCUUCAGAAUCACCUCGAUAUCGGGCUUUCCUUCGGAAGAUCAAAAGGCCGUUUCUCUUGGGGCAAGCGUUACAUCAAUAUCGACAAAUAACAAGGACAGCUGAAUUCUACAGGCCCCUGGGCCAUACGCAAGUACACACACUUGCGUCAAAUUUGUCCCGUAUUGGCUGGAAGACGUUUGGGAUUCAGCGAACACCUGAAACUCUUAAAUGGUCGUACCAACGUGUGAUCGCAACUAUUUUGGCUACUUGGUAUUUGCCGCGGUGGAGCUCACGCCAUCCACGCGAUCCUGAACUUGACAUCACUUGGCGAUAUAUUGACGUUCUACAUCCAUUCGAUGUGGCUCGUGCAUGUGAUACGAACAUAUUAAACUUAACGGGAAACAUCGGGCAUAUGCUUGCAACCAACGACUCCCCUUCUCCAAUCAUCGCGAAGGCGCGUGCCGACCAUGCCAAGAUUCUUAACAACUGGCAUAAAGUUUUUCAACUUGCAGCUGGGUCUCUAGAAAGCGAAAUUAGCUCGCUGAGAUACAUCACAUGGGCGAGGUUAACCACCGAGUCAAAAAUCCAUGCUCUUGGCGGCGUUCCUGAUACUGUCUCACGGGGGUUGUUUUGCUCGCGAAACCCUCUGAGCCAGGACCUACGGAAAUUUUUCGAGUACACGCAUGCUUUUUCCUCAUCCACCGACUCUUCCUCCUUGUAUGCUCAAGAGCUUAACGCGCGGAGGCUCGGCCUUUUGGCAGCGGAUGAUACCCCCCCAACGAGGGUGCGUCUCAGUGAUUACCUCAGACGAGAAAUAUUAGGAUCGAGACGGUUAUCGAAAAUCACUGCUCCAACUGAUCGCAGACGCAACCGAUCUAGCCGCCUUGCCUCUAGCGCCGUGAAAACCAGCAAAAUCCAAAAGACUACGCGCAUGAGUGGCACUAGCAAAAAGCCGCCUACACUUGAACCUCCGCCUUCAAGUGACUCACCUGAAAGCGGCACCAAUGAUAGUGAGAAGACAGCCAUCGGUAGUGAGAAGAGAGCCAUCGGUAGUGAGAAGAGAGCCAUCGAUAGUGAGAAGAGAGCCAUCGAUAGUGAGAAGACAGCCAUCGGUAGUGAGAAGAGAGCCAUCGGUAAAUAUUCUACCAGUUCUAGAAACACUCCCGGUUGGCCACUUGAAGAAAAAUUAAAGUCUCCUGUCAACGGAGCCGAUGAGGAAAUUUACCCGACUAUAGAUGAGGAAGUGUUGGUAGCAAGUGAACUGAAACCGAGAUCCUCCCAGUCUCCAACUCCUCCACUCACCAACUCGGCGCAAUUCUGGAGUCACAAGAACCACCAAGGCCAAAACGGGAAAGGCAUUACCGUCCACUAUUGCAGAACUCUUGAGAGUGCGGAGCGAGUUGCCAAGUUAUUCUCCGAGAGCCGAGUGAUCGGGUUCGACCUCGAAUGGAAGGCUCAUGCCUUGGCUACAGCUGGUAUCAAGAGCAACUUGUCUCUGCUUCAAAUUGCUGACCAAGAUCGCAUAGCUCUAUUUCACAUCGCGCUUUUUCAGUCCAGGAACCACAACGAAAUCACUCCGCCGUCCUUGAGGAAAAUUCUUGAAUCUGCCGACACCGUCAAAGUUGGCGUCAACAUCAAAGCAGACUGUACUCGCGUGCGUCGGCAUUUGGGCAUCGAGGUGCAGGGCCAGUUGGAGCUUAGCCAUCUCUACAAACUAGUGAAAUAUUCCCAGUCGAACCCAAAACUGGUUAAUAGGCGGGUUGUGAAUCUCAGCCAACAGGUUGAGGAAAUCUUGGGACUUCCCUUGUACAAAGAGAACGAUGUCCGGUGUAGUGACUGGUCUAGACCUCUUGCCUACACCCAAGUUCAAUACGCCGCUUCUGACCCCUUUGCAUGUCUGUGCCUCUACCAUGCCCUUGAACUAAAACGCAAAGCACUGCACCCUAUCCCUCCGUCACCAGCAUAUGCCGAACUCAACCUUCCCAUUCUAGUCUCAAGUGAUGGUGAGACAAAAGUCAAACGCCUUGGACACUGA